UGCAUGAAAAAUGACUGGAAAAUCGAAAAGCGAAAGGAAUUUACGCUGCGCAUGGAAAAUUAGCAAGGAAACGAAAGGUUAAUCUAGCGUCGGCUUCGCCAAUGAAACGAGUUUGGCCGCACUUUUUUCAGGGUCCGUUUUGCAUCUGAAGCUGAGACGAAUCAAAGAGAUGCCUCCUGCCUUUGCGUUUAGUUUUCCACGGGUACCUCUGGAUCACACGAAAGAGGGAUAUGUUCUGCUCCACAGCUAUGCACAAAACAAUGCAAAGAAGUCAAGAAUAAUGAGCGAGCGGGUGAGGCUGGCCCGUGCACGGUUUUGCCUUUGCCUGAUCUCUCUCGCUCUUUGACACGAGAGCUAAGAAUCAGAUUCCUCUGGAAUCCAAAGCAAAAAUUUUCAAUGUCUGUGAUCUUUUUCCUCUUCUCUGUAACCCCUUUUUAAGUUGGCAUCUUGGCCGUGCUAAUUCGAUCCCCGAGCACUCAAAUCUUUCAUCUCCUCUGGUUUCAUGACUGGAAAGUUCUGCAGCAUGGUACUUAGGAUCAACAUCGACUGCAACGGCUGUUUCCGAAAAGUUCAAAGAGCCCUUCUUCAGAUCCGAGGUAAUCCGUCUUUCGAGCUUCUUGAAAGGAACCACACAAGAUUCAGAAAUGUUUACCCGUUACUCAUGGGGAUCUUGAUCACAGGAAUGGACACCCACUUGAUAGAGGAGAAGCAGUGCAGAGUUAUCGUGUGCGGCAAAUUCGUCCCGCAGGACGUGGCCAUAACGUUGAGAAAGAAGACGAACCGCCGAGUCGAGAUACUGGACGUUCAAGAACUCCGCCACGGCGGGGAAAACGAAGAAGGCGAAGGCGGCGAAGAUGCUCAAAUCUCGGUGCCUGAACGGGGUCCUGUACCGAACCAAAAGCAGAUUUUGGGUUUGUAAUGGUAUGGCUUAAGAGAGCAAAUUUCACUGUGUUUGUUCUUCAGACUUGUGCAGUGCUGGUAUGAUUCCAGUUCGAUCGAUCUAUAUGUUGAAUCCUUGAUUCAAGAAACCAGUCUACACGAUUCAAGAG